AGACAGUGUCCACAUUGAUGUACAUUCCUAAUCCUAACAAUGUUGAAACAUGUUGAAACUUAGCCAAAUGUUCUUCUGAAAGGGACGCAUAUGGCAUAAGGCCACAAAGGCUGAUGAUGGGACAGGGAGAGGGCCAUGUGACAUGUGGAUGAAUCUACUACAAGACUUGUGCCGUCGAUGGUGCUCGCAAGAGGCAAUACUGUGUUAUUUAGAGAGCGCCAACGACCAGUACUUAGAAGGUUUUGAGUCCUGAGGAUGAAAUUUGUAAUUGCUGGACAACCCUUAUAUUGUCAAAAAAAACCAUCACGACGCAUUGAUUGUGCUUUGCCCUUUUGGCUUGGGUAGAACUUGGUAGCAAGACCUCGUUAUGAGCCCAGACUAUGGCGGAGGACGAUGAUGGAACUGCACUUCAAGUGGUUGCUGGGCAGUCUUGCAAGCAUAUAAAAUUAAAAAUUCAAGGUCUUCCGUUUUGCAAUUUGAUUUCCAUUUGGAGUCUCAUGAUGCCUCAUGUAUUUUUCGAUAUUUUUUGCGAAGUACAAAGCCGAAUGCUGCGAACGAGAUGAACAGUUGGUUUCGCAUCGACAGCUAUUUGAUAUUUGCCAUCCAGGUGAAGGAGGACAAGGACCAUGAGAUCUUGGACACCCUCGACACCGAGGGAACCUGCGUUUUCACGCGUUCCCGUGGCGCUGUUGCAGAGAAAGGCCUGUGGCAUAGAUAUGUCCAUGUUUGGAUGCUCAACCUGCCAGACAGUUCCCUGCUGAUGCAACUUCGGGCUCCAGAGAAGAAACGCUUUGCCGGCAUGUGGAGCUGCACUACUGGCUUCGUAAUGUCUGGUUUGCCAUCUUUAGAAGCGAGUAAGCUUCACCUGGACAGAGAAUGUGGUCUUCGAUAUGAAGAUCAUAUGUACGAGUUUGUUUUUAGCUGCAAAAAUAUGUAUGUCAUCAACGGCGAGGAGGUGAGACAGCUGAUCGAUGUCUACGUGAUUGCGCUGAAACAUCCACCUGAGCUCGACAAGGACCUGGUACCUCAGGACAUCAAAGAAGUCACCGAGUUGAAGUACAUAGGAAUCGGAGAGCUGGAGCAGGCGUACAAGAAUCAGGAUCCAAACUUUGUCCUCACCGCAGCACCCGAAUAUCCGAGAAGACUCUUCCACUUCCUGCAUAAGAAGACUCGCAUCUACUGGGAGAUGCUUCCAAAGAUCGACUCUGAUGAGGAGCGGCACAACAAGAAAGGACAGCAACUGCUGGAUCGCAUUGGCGAUGUGAGCAUGCUCCGGAAAGCACAGGAUCUGGGCGUAAUCGUUGAGCCCUGCAAGAGGAUUGAUGCCUACAGCGAGAGCGUAUGGCACAGAGCAGUUCAUGUUUGGGUGUUCGAUGCCGAGAACUGUCGGCUAUUGAUUCAGAAACGUUCGCCAAAGAAGCGGCACUUCGGAGGAAAGUGGAAUUGUUCCACUGGACACAUCAAGAUGGGAGAUCCUGCGUUGCCGACAGCAGUCAAAUCUGUAAAAGAUGAUAUCGGGCUCACUGAUGUUUCCGAGAACGACUUAGAUUAUAUUUUCCAGACCUUAAUCGAAAUGGACACUGGUGGUGACUGCUUCGUGAAACAGGUGGUGGAUGUGUUUGUGCUUGAAGUCCCAAAUCAGGCAACGUACACCGCAGUGCCAGAGAUAGAGAACUUUUCCUUGGCAAGAGGUGAAGUUGACAGAGUUGCUUAUAUUGAGUUGGACCAGUUGAGAAAGAUAUGGGAAGCCACUCCUCCGCCUCCUGACUACGUGGUCUUCCCUUCCGAUGACUACAGCACUCGUUUUUUCUUCAACCUUAGGCAGAGGCAUAAGAAGUACCAGGAAAAGCUGGCAGCGGAGGAGGAGGGAGGUGAGGUUUGACCUGCACAAAUGGCCUGACUUUGCGGCUCAAAUAUUGGUGCUGCAGUUUGUUCUGUUCGCAGACAUUAGCGAGGCCAUUUCUAGAUCGAUGAUCGGGCGAUGCUGGAAAGACAGCACUGCCAGUUUCACGAGGCAUCCCGCUGAUGCGAAGGAGCGUCUCACCAAUCCUCACCACAAGACGUGGGCAAAAAAGUUGUCAAGUGUUCUUGACUUUGAUGAUAG